AUGGAAAUGAACCAGCAGCUCAUGGCCGCCGAGGCUCACCAACGUGACCACCAGCAGAUUUUGAUAGAACAGCUGACCGCACAGCGUGCGACGUCCGAACAUCAUCAAGGACUCCGGGCCGCCGCUGUGGCCUCCGUCCAGCAUUCCGACGCAUUGGAAGAAAUGCGCCGGCGUAGCAGUACCCGAUGGCAUGCUUUCACCGUCACUCCUGUUCAACCUCCUGCGCUGGCCGCAGCAACUGGUGUCGAGCUGGUGUAUGGAUUCUGUUGUCCGGCGAAAACCAUGGAACAAGGGACUUCAAGUUUCUCCGACAUCUGA